AUUUAUUUAUUUUUAACACUUGAUAACACCUAAAGCGUUUCCUCACGUCACAGCCAUAGUAAAACCCUGGAGCACUGUCACACUGCUGCGCAUGAUUAGAUUGAAAUUCCAGCACGUUGGAAGGCAUAAAAAAAAAGUCAACAAAUGGUUAUCCUUUGACCCUUGAAGCAGGAGGUGGUGCCUCAGCUCCCAGCCACUGAACAGCCAGGAAUAUAUCUGUAGUGAAGCGGCAGAGUUCAGUGUGUCUGUUGUGCUCAUUAACACUAAAAAAAAGAGAAAUGGAGCUGGGAUCACUGGUUAGCGUCGUUAGGAGUGAGAGGGUACUGGUUGGUGAUGAAGUGCGUCCUGCUGUCAUAGUAAUAAAGGAUGGAAAGAUACACCAGAUACUCUCUACCAGCAGCUUUACUGAGCAUGUUGGCUGUAAGUUCGUGGAUGUGGGUGACAGUGUGGUGAUGCCAGGCAUCGUAGAUUGUCAUGUUCAUGUGAAUGAACCGGGUCGCACCACCUGGGAGGGCUUUUGGACCGCCACCAGAGCUGCUGCAGCUGGAGGGGUGACGACCAUUGUGGACAUGCCCCUAAACAGCAUCCCUCCAACCACAACGCUUGACAAUUUUCAUGAGAAGCUGAAGGAAGCGACAGGGAAGUGUUUUGUGGACACUGCCUUCUGGGGAGGUGUGAUCCCUGGAAAUCAGCUUGAACUUCAGCCCAUGAUCCAGGCUGGUGUGGCUGGCUUCAAGUGUUUCCUCAUCCAUAGUGGCGUUGAUGAGUUCCCCCAUGUGGCUGACUGUGAUCUCCACACAGCUAUGAAGCAGCUGCAAGGCACAGGAAGUGUCCUGCUGUUUCAUGCAGAGAGAGAUGUUCAGGAAUCAACGGAGGACAAUGGUGACCCUUGCCAUUACUCCACCUUCUUGCAGUCCAGGCCAGAUGUAAUGGAGAUCGAAGCUAUUCGCUUAGUCACUGAACUCUGUCUGCAGUACCGGGUUCGAUGCCACAUCGUUCACUUGUCCUCUGCUAAACCCCUGAAACUGAUCCAGGAGGCCAGGCAGGCGGGGGCCCCCUUGACAGUGGAGACUACCCACCAUUACCUCAGCCUGUGUGCAGAAAACAUACCUGAAGGGGCCACGCAGUUUAAGUGCUGCCCUCCUAUCCGAGGCUCUAUAAACAGAGAGCAGUUAUGGUCUGCAGUGAAAGCUGGACAGAUUGACAUGGUGGUGUCUGAUCACUCCCCCUGUACACCUGAUCUGAAGAAACUCAGCAUUGGGGACUUCGCUCAGGCUUGGGGAGGGAUUUCAUCUUUACAGUUUGGCUUGCCUCUGUUCUGGAGUUCAGCCAGUCAGAGAGGCUUUCAGCUGCCUGAUGUUGUGAGGCUCCUCAGCCAAAAGACGGCCCAGCUGUGUAGCCUUGGCAACCGGAAGGGCAGCCUUGCGCCUGGCUUUGAUGCCGACUUGGUUAUAUGGGACCCAGAGAGAGAUUUUGUGAUUGAAGAAACAAGCAUACACCACAAAAACAAGCUGACUCCCUACCUGGGCUUCAGGCUGCAUGGAGUGGUGCGAGCCACCAUCCUGAGGGGACGACUGGUGUACAGAGAUGGCAGCUUCUGCCCAGAACCUCUGGGGAAACAUCUUCUCAUCCCUCAGAGGGAGAGUCAAGCCCAACUGUGAAGCAUGACAACUGGGUGUGACAAUAAACGUCACCAAAUUUCA